GAGUCGCGGUUACUAGUGAAAUUCCGUUAGCUGUAAUAGUCUCUGAUUAUAUUUUUCAUUCGAAACUAGUUUAUUGUGAAUGAAAGAGAACAUUCUUGCUUUAUUUGGAAACUUGAAAGGUGAUAGUAAUUUCUAAAUUUCGACAGAAUCCAAUAACUCUCUGAAUAAAUUCAGACUUGAAUUAAUUUCAAAAGGGAUGAAUUGGGAAGGUCAUCAAAUUAGGUAACCGAGGACGUCGUAAUGUUUUGAAGGUAUCUCGGUGAAAAUGGAAGGGGAAUCUGAAAAAGAGAAGGGGUUGUCAUAACAUUGGGUAAGCGAAUGACCAGUGAAAGUGUAACACUCGGAUGACCUAAAAAAGCUAAUGAUCCCUUUCAUGCGAAAACAACAGAUCAGCUGAGAUGUCAGGGUUAUGCCGAGAUUGAGCCAAGAAAAGCAAAAGAGUGUGGUUCAGAAUUCCAAGAAAUGGUAGGAGGAAUCCCCGUAGAGGUAACGACCGAUGGAUCACUAUCACACCGCGAGGAACACCAGUUCGCGACUAGCAUCAUCCAUGGGUAGAAGGAAAGACCCUAAGGAAAAAAGCCAUCGAUUCAAUCGAUGCAAUUUCGAAAAUUAAUGGAUGGAGGAUUACGUGGAAUUUUAAAUUUUUGAUGGAGGUUCCAUAUCUGAAGAAGAAGAAAGAAUGCAUUUUGGGGUGGUUGAAAGGUUGAAAAGAUCCUUGAGAGCCGAAUUUCGGUGACAGGGGAUGUUGACAGCUCUUAGUGGGAGUGCAAAGUGCGAGUGUGUUCAAUGUGUCAAAACAAGCGAAUUGUGGCAAUCCCACGUGAUUGCAAACAGGUGGAUUUUAUCCGAAAUUCUGCUGGAUCUAGUGAACUUUCUGUCAUCCUACUGAUGAUCAUUCUUCUAUCUGGGAUUGAAGUUUCAGGUGGUGAUGACAGAACUCUUCACAUAAAUAAUUCAUCAAAAUCAUUAAAUGAAAAGGGCAUUUCUGAAACAUUAAAAUACAAUGAAACCUGGGAGAAGGAAGAUCUCUAUUUGGGAUACAGUGGAAAUCCCUGGAUUAGUACUUCGAUAUUAUUUAAUAAAAAUGAGGAUCAACUUACAGAAUCCCUUUUGAAUAACGACACAAGCUCAUUCCAAACUUUGCUCAGUACUUCAAAAGGAGAUCACAAGCGAUUCAAAAGGGGUGUGCUCCAUUUGUAUAAUAUGCUUUUAUGUGCCACUGAUUGUAAUCCUUUAUCCUACAAAGGAUACGGUUGUUACUGCGGAUUUUUAGGAUCUGGAUACAUCGCCGAUGGAAUCGAUAGAUGUUGUAUGAUGCACGACAGGUGCUAUGAUGCUACAGAAUGUCCAAUGCUUGUACAAUACUUGGUGCCUUACUAUUGGAAGUGCUUUCGAGGUCGUAAACCUAUAUGUGCCGUGGAUCACGGAAAAUGGGGAGGAUCAGGAUCUUGUGCUCAGAGAUUAUGCGAAUGUGAUCGCUCUUUUGCAGAAUGUCUUAGUAGAUUUCCCUGUCCAGCUAAGAAAGCAGUCUGCACCUCAUCACCCUGGAGACUCGUUCAAAACCUCUUUAUGAUUUAUUAAAAGCUUCGUACGCGAGAAAUUAACGUAUCUAACG